AUGGCAGAGAAACGGAAGCGUUGUUCAGAAGCUCACAACAUUGCCCACAAACUUGAGAGUCGUGAGAUUGGUAACAAAUCAAUCAUCCAAGGUCAUUCUCAGAUUAUGUUCCGCAAUUUUGAGUUGCAGGAAGAGUUUGAUACAAAUCAACCAUCCAAGAUUGUACAAAUACUUUCAGCUCGCAGUAUGAUAUUUGCUUUGGGAAAAUCAGGUCUUUGUGCUGCAUUUGAUAGACACACAAAUGAAAAGCUUUGCUUCUUGAAUUUAAUAAAUCCACAUGAACAAAUUCUAAGGCUGUUCCAUAACAAGGAAAACAAUUCUCUCAUCACAAUUUCAGCUCAUGCUUCCCGUAAAUUUCCAAUUAUCAAGUGCAGAACAACUCCACUUGAGUGCAUUCGAAGAGCUCAACCAGAUGCUGGCUUUGCUUUGUUCGAGGGUGAAAAACUGAUUUGCCCUGAUUCCGUAAAGUUUGAUAGAAUCAAUGGGAAAGUUCUUACUUUUUCAGCUAAACGUCAUAUUCACAAGGUGUUUGAUAUGAAAAGCUAUAAACUCUUGUACUCCAUAUCUGACAAAGAAGUUGUAGAUAUAAUGAUCAGUUCUGGUCUAAUGCUCUUAGCAUCAAGAGUAACUCCUUGUGGAAGCAGUCUUCCUCUGAAGAUCUUAUCUAUAGACGAUGGCAAAGUUUUGAAAUCUUUUCAUCUUGCAUUACUACCCAAUAAAAGGGUACAUUUUGUUGAUCUGAUUCAUGACAAGAUAUUCGUACACCAAGAGAAUGAAUGGCUGCAAAUGGUUGAUGUUCAGAGUGAAAAGAUGAUUGAGUUGAGAAAACAAGAGUUUGAGAAGCCUUCAGCAUUAAUUUUCUUCCAUGGGAAACGAUUAAUCUUGACAUUUCACAGUGGGAUUGUUUGUGUAUGGAAUUUGCAAGGAGAGGUGGUUGCAUCUUACAGAAACCACUUGGUACAGAUUUUUCCUGGUUGCAUCGUUCACUUGACUCAUGAUGAUGAGCUGUUCCUUUUUUAUGAUAAAAUAGAGUGUUCAAUAAACAUUAUCAACUCCUUGACUGGUAAUUGUUGCGCUAAGAUUGGUGGCAACGACUCAGAUGUGGGUAAAAUUUGCAGGAAUCGAUCUAAUCUAUCACUAAUGCAGAACACCGUUCAAGACAUAUUUGAAAACAUUACUGCAUUGUGCUAUGACGAAGAAAGAAAUGAAAUUUAUACAGGCAAUAAAAAUGGUUUUAUACACGCUUGGUCAAACUGA